AUGGGAUUGAGAAUGGAGCUUUGCCCAACAUACGAGUCUCGCUUGGUGCAAUGGUGGACGGAAGCUAGGAAACGCAUACAUAAGCAAACGCGGAAAGGAUUUGACACAUUCGUGAUGCUCAUCUGCUGGACACUUUGGAAGCAGAGGAACGCGAGAGUAUUCGGAUCGAGCCAAAUCAAGAACGAAUGGGAGACCGUGGACUUGAUCUUCGACGAUUUGAGGACCUGGGCUACGGCAGGAGCAUUUGGAGGACGAUCGAUACCUGAGUAA